AUGCAGAAGUUAAAAAUCGUCCUAAUAGGACCUCCCCAGUCCGGAAAAUCAAUGAUAGCCAACUCCUUGUCCGAGGUGAACGAAAACCUAGAAAUCUAUCCGACACAAGGUUGUCGAAUCGUCGAAUUUGAACUAAAUGACAUCUACGUCAACCAGAAGUCAACCAACGUGUUGAUCGAACUCUGGGACUGCAGUGGCCAACACAAAUUCAGCAACUGCUGGCCAAUUAUCAGGCACAUGGCUCAAGGAGUCGUCCUGGUGCACACCGAGUACAACCAGGGGACCCAACAGGAGUUGGAUUUGCUUUAUAAUUACUUUGUUACCCAGAAUGGACUCAGUGCCAAGUGUUGUCUGGUUUUUAACCAUACUGGGGAUAGAGUUGGUAAAUUGGGUUCCAGUUUUUUGAGGAUUUCUCAGGUCAAAGUCGAUUUGGCGGAAGUCGAGGUGCUGAAGAAGGAUUUUUCUGAGUUUAUUAGCUCUUUGUUGCAAGAGCAAAGUGGUGACGGCAGGGGUAGUGGGAGUUCUAGAAGUGGGAUACAAAAUUAUACAGGAAUGUAUUAG